GAGUCGGGUUGAAGACGGUUUAACCAAGGAUGAAUCACGAAUUUCGUUAGACAGAUAUGAUCUUUGGACAGUGCUUGGUCUGUGAUAAACAGUUUAAAAAUGAAGUGGACUGUGUCCGUCUGGUACAGCAGUAGCUUUCUUUGGUACUUGCUUUUGAACAGCGUCGUUCCCAACAGUGCAUUCAUUGAUUACCUAGCGAAAACAUUCGCUACCUUGGGUAGCUUCACGGUGCAGAACACUUACUGCCGAGUCGCAGAAUGUUGCAGCUUUUACGACACCAAGCAGGCAAUGGACGCACUCGAAAAGGAGCUUGAAAAGAACCUUUUCGGACAACACAUUGCAAAGGAAGCAGUUUUGGAUGCCAUCGGUGGGCACCUGAGAAACAUAGCCACUUCUGAUAAGCCGCUCGUGAUAAGUUUGCAUGGCUCUUCAGGUACCGGUAAAAACUACAUUGCAGAUUAUGUCGCACGAGCUCUGCGCAGUAAAGGUGCGAAGAGUAAGUUUGUACACAAGUACCUGGGACGGAUAGACUUUCCGCUGGAGAGUCGAUUGGAGGAGUACCGAUUGCGACUCGUCAGCGACAUUACGUCCGCGAUCGCCCAGUGUCCACAAUCGCUGUUUAUAUUCGACGAAGUCGAAAAGAUGCCACCGGGUUUGUUUGACUCGAUCGUAUCGUUGCUGGACAAUCAUGCGUACUCGAGGCAUCACGAUUAUCGGCAAGCAAUCUUCAUUUUCCUCUCGAACGUCGGCGGACCAGAAAUUGCUCGAGAUUUAAGGCGAUUGAUGCAGAGCGGAACAUUUCGUUACCUAACAUCAAUGCACGAUUUCGAGCGUACGCUGGAAGGGUUUGCCCUGAAUGGAAUGGGCGCGAUGUAUGAUAGUGAUCUGGUCAAGUCGCAGGUGGUCGAUCAUUUCAUACCACUUUUGCCACUCGAGCAGCGGCACGUCGAAAAAUGCAUCAGGAAGGAGUACUACAAGCAAACCGGAAGCGAGGAAAUCGAGGAAAGUUUGCUUGACUACAUUUUCAGGGAAGCCGUUACAAUGGAUGAACAUAAUACUUUUGCCAAUAACGGCUGCAAGCGUGUGAGCAAGAAGGUGGAGUCUUGCCACAACAAUCGAUUGCGUAAAAACCAAACAAAAUCAGAGAUGAGCAAAACAGACUUAUGAUUUAAGAGUGCUGGUGUGCAGUGAUGGCCAAAGUUUGAAUCCAUGUACCAUUAUGUGAAAUUGCACAAACCGUGGAUAAGAAACCAUGCAGGUACGGGCGUCAUAUACAUAAAAAUACU